CAAUGACACGUAACUAAGUAGAUUAUUUUAAUAUUAUGAAAAACAAAUUAAAUUACCAAACUUGACAACUUAUCAUAAUUGUUAUCAAGUAACAAUGCAAAAUAUACAUAUAAUAUAUAUUACGCAUUACAAUAAUGUAGAAAUUUAGUUUAUGUAUCAAAAACCAAUCAAUGUAAUUUACAGACACAAUUCAUUCAUUGAAACUUUUUACUGAUGUGAACAAAUAAAUAAAAUAAAAAUAUUUUGUGAGUAAAUUUCAUGGUAUCAAACAUUUUUGAAUGAUGAUUUACAUGAAGACAGCACGAUUUAUUAGGAACAAUUAUGUAUGUGGUUGUAUGCUUUUACAGUACAGAAAAGUAUCUUCCAGUGAAUUGUCUACUGCACUACGACCGUUUUAUUUUUCAGUUCACCCAGAUUUAUUUGGAAAAUUUCCAAAUGAAAGAGCAACCAAUGAGUGUUCAUUACAAAUGUUAAGUUCUUUUUUAGAGACAUCACGCAAAAAUCAGCCCAUUAAGCCUGUAACAGUAAAAUUUUUUUUGAAACCUAAAAAUGGAACACAAAAUAUUAAUGAAUUAAAAACUGUUAAAAUAUAUUUAAAUCAAAAUGAUCUUAAACAAACAGUUUCUACUAUACUGCAAAGCUGUAAUCUUAGUACAUCUUAUGUUGAUGGAUGGACUUCAAAAAAAUAUUUGCCUAAUUAUGAUAAUAGAAACUUAUUUACUAAUAAAAUGCCAAAUUAUGUAUAUAAAAAUGAUUUUGUAUGGAAUAAUGAUCCAAACUUAGUAAACAAAGUUAAUAAACAUAUUAAACAAAAUCAAAUAACAAAUAAUUUAUAUAAAUGGCUGAAGAUAAAUUCUAAAACUGCCCGAGAAAAGUUAUUUAAAUAUGAGCCAAUAAGAAAAGAAGUAUCUCGUAUACAAACAAAACUUUGCAAGCAAUUGGAACUCAAAAGUAUUGAGUUUGAUUGUGGAUGGGAUAUACGUCAUUUUAUUGGUUGUCUUGUGAGUUUUCAAACAUUAUUGGAAAAUCAUCCUAGUGAUAUGGCUUUAUUAAAAGGUAGAACAAUUAUGUUUGGAAGAGAUACUGGCUUGAGUUUGGAUGGCAUUAUUCUUUUAAAUAGCGGUGAAGUUCGACAUAAUUGGCUUGAUUUUAUCAAAAAUGUUCCCAAAGAAGAUACUAUAUUACUAACAGUACCGGCCUUUGAAAAAGCAACUUCCAGGGUUUUACGUGAUAUAAAAGUGGUUAGAAGAAAAUUCCAGCCCAGAACUAUAGUUAAGCAAUAUGAAAAUAAUCUCCGCAACUUAACUACUUCAUUAAGUGAUUAUCAAGGACGCAAUAGUUACCCUAAAGUUUGGCCAGAAACUUUAAAUAUUUUUGAAUUGGUAGUAGAAACUGAAGCAGGGCCACUUAUGGUAUCACCAACGGGUCAAUUCAUUGUUCCUGCAUCAUGCCCAGCUAGUUUAUUAGUAAAUUUUAUUACAAACAAUUUGUCUUCUGCCAAUGAGUUAUUAAAAAAAUAUCAAAGAGAAAAGUACAUCGAAAAAGAUUUAUUUGAAAGUUGUAUUAAUGAAUUAAAUCUAAUUACAAUGGUGAAAGAUGAUUGCAUUACCCCAAGUCUUAUGAUUGAAUGUUGUCAAAAUUUAUAUAAUAAUCGGAAUAAAUUAAGACGCAUUUUUAGUGGUAUGCGUCUUUGUAUUACAACUUACUACAGCAUUAUGUCUGAUGGACAAAUUUGUAUUCCUUGGAAUUGGAAUACUAAGUAAAAUAUUAUUAAUAAUAAUAUAAUAGUGUUACCAUUUAAUAUAUCACCAAAAUAAUUAUUUUUAUUACUUAAAUGGUUUAAUAAUUUGAACACUUUAUUGUUAUGUAUUAAAAGCUAUGAAUUUAGAUCAUUGUAUACAUUCAAAAAAAUAACUUUGCUUUUGUAAC